GAGAUAGAGGGGAAUGAAUAAUUGAAAAUUUGAAGGGGUCAAUGUAUAAAUAUGAAAAAGAUAGCCAGCGGUGGGGAUGGGGAUAUCUUGAGUGACUGAACUCGCUGACUGCAGCUAGUAAAUAGUUAUGGCGGUUGCUACAGCUCUCACUUGCGCCCCCUUCUUCCGCUAUUACCGCCGCUGCGGCUUAUUUCUCCCAACCAUCACCACCGCCAGACUAAUCAACAACCGCCACUGCAUAGUCCACACCUCUGCCAAAUUUUCACCUUUGGUGCUCAAUAGGAACCCUAACAGCAAUGGCGGAUCUGCAUCAUUAUCACCACUAACAUCAUCAUCUACGAGAAGAAGAAACGGAGCGCAGUUUUCGUGUUACUGCACGGGGACAGAGGCGGUGGCGGAGGCGGAGGCGGAGAGAGAUAAGACGGACGUGGUGAAGGAGGCGGCGAACACUCUGGAUAUAAGGGUGGGGAGGAUUAUCAAGGCUUGGAGGCACGAGGAGGCGGAUUCUCUGUACGUGGAGGAGGUGGAUGUCGGCGAGGCCGAGCCAAGGACCAUCUGCAGCGGCCUUGUCAAAUACGUUCCUCUUGACCAGCUCCAGGAGAGGAAUGUAGUUGUUCUUGCUAACCUAAAGGCUAGAAACAUGCGCGGUGUGAAAUCGUUUGGAAUGCUGAUGGCGGCUUCUGAUGCGGCACAUGAGAAUGUGGAGCUUCUUGUGCCUCCUGAGGGUGCAGUGCCUGGUGACAGAGUGUGGUUUGGUUCCAUUGAUGAAAAAGAUAACCUACCCGAUGCUGCCUCGCCUAACCAGAUUCAAAAGAAAAAGAUAUGGGAACAAGUCCAGCCUCACCUAAAGACAGACGACUCUUGCGUUGCAAUACUCGGCGCCAAGCACUACAUGCGAACAUCAGCUGGUCCUAUCACCUCCCCAUCCAUCAAGAAUGCCAACAUUUCCUAGUCAAUUUCCCCAUCUUCUUCUUAUAGUUUUGCCCCCCUAUAGCAGAUUCAGAUUGAGAGCAUUUUCUGUUUCAAGCUUGUAUUUUUUUAGAAUCUAUAAUGUUUUAAGCUUUUGGAGGCUUGGAGCGUUGUCUUGACAUUUACUGUAAGCAGUAAAAAGUUGUAUAAAUUUACUUUCUUGAUUAAUCCAUACCUUUUAUAAAUAAA